CUCUGUUUCCCCGUGUUGUCUGUCUACUAUCGGUUUUGUUUUUUUCGAGCAACUAAAAUGGCGUUUGCGACCACCACCACCACCCUCCCCCUUCGCUCUUCAGUUCUCGUCAACCCUAGAUUCCACCAUCCUCUUAAUCGUCGUAAUCCUCCUCUCCGUCUCUCCUUUCCCUACAAACCCUCCUUUAAUCUCUCCCUCAGAAACCCUAAAACCAUCGUCUCCGUCUCCGCCGCCGCCGCCUCCUCCACAUCUCCAACACUCUUCGCUAAACCCUCUCCUCGAUUCCCCUUCUCCGACUCAACCAAAUCAAUCACGACCCUCGCGAUUCUCGCCGGAACCCUAACCAAAGCCCUUGUCCAGAAGCUCUCCACCGCUGUCGUAACCUCAUCUCCACAGAUUCAAGCCUCUAUCCGAGUCUCCGGUCCUCUGUUCUUCGCGGCGAUUCGCGAUCGUCCUGCUGGUUAUCUCAACACUCCGUUGACGGUUGUCGCGGCUGGUUUGUCCAAGUGGCUAGAUAUCUACAGUGGCGUGUUGAUGGUUAGGGUUUUGCUGAGCUGGUUCCCGAACAUUCCUUGGGAUCGUCAGCCUUUGUCUGCCAUAAGGGAUCUUUGUGAUCCUUAUCUCAAUCUCUUCAGGAACAUCAUCCCUCCCGUCUUUGACACGCUUGACGUCAGUCCUCUCCUUGCUUUUGCUGUUUUGGGAACUUUGGGUUCCAUUCUUAACAAUAGCAGAUGAGAUUGUUCAAGUUAUUACUACUCUGCUUUGCAGGAGCUUAUGGAUCUUUGGUGUUUUAUAUAUUUUCUCUAGUUUAAUGUAUUGGACAGUCCAAACGCUUCGGUAUCAAAAUAUCUUUUGUUCUGUGUUUCUGGCAAUGAAUGAGUUUGGUUUCAAUGUGAAAAAAAAAAAAUUAUAUCUAUCUAAUUGUGGAGGAUUUGAUGAUAAGUUAUUUUGUACAUUGAACUCGGUCUAUCUCAUUUGAUGAUGAAAUAAUCCAGUUCGCUUGA